AUGGCUGGCACUGGUAACGACAACCCCGGCAACUUCGCUAACCGCCCCACCGAAGAGGUCCAGGCCAUCGCCUCCAAGGGCGGCCAAGCCAGCCACGGCUCCGGCAACGCGAGCAACAACCCCGGCAACUUCGCCAACCGUCCCCACGAGGAAGUUCAGGCCAUUGCCUCCAAGGGUGGUCAGGCCAGCCACAGCGGUGGCUUCGCUUCCAUGGACCCCGAUAAGCAGCGCGAGAUCGCUUCCAUGGGCGGCAAGGCCUCCAGCGGCAGCUUCGAGCCCGGCUCCGAGAAGGCCCGCGAGGCCGGUCGCAAGGGCGGCAAGGCUUCUGGCGGCACUGGUGCUGACGAUGAGUAA